GGUUUUGGGAGAAUCAAGCAUCUCAGAAACAGAUCGGUUCCUUCAAUAAGAAAAGUCCUGUCUUUUUCGUUCGUAUACUCAGCAACGUCCUUAGGCAUAGCCAAAGAGAUUAGAGCGAGAAAGAGAUACUGAUAGCUAGGAGAGAGAAAGAGAGAGAGAUGUCAACAACUGCCCGAUCGAUUUUGAACCAUGGUGGUAAUUUGUUCGAGGAUCAGCAGUAUCUGAUUCAUACACAGCUGGGUUUCCUUCCCAAUUUCCCGGCAAAUCUGGCCUUUCCUUCUUUGGAUUGCCAUCAAUCUUUGAAGGGCUUCCAUGCUAUGGGUCCUUCGCUUUCAUCCGAAACAGAUUCCACCACUGCAAAUCUAACGGAAACCCUAUUUGCAACCACAGCUCAAAAGCCAAGGCAAGACCUCGCUUCUAGCUUGGGAGGACCGACCCAACUCCUUUCCUUGAACACAUCAAGUGUACUAAAUCCAUGGGCAUGGGGAGAAGUAAGCGAAUGCUUGGGCAAUAAAAGAAGUGGAGGAGAGAAUAGUCAUUGUUUAGGGAUGUCUGCUAUGAAGAUGAAGAAGUUAAAGGGAAGGAGGAAGGUGAGGGAGCCUAGGUUUUGCUUCAAGACCAUGAGCGAUGUGGAUGUCUUGGAUGAUGGCUACAAGUGGAGGAAGUACGGACAGAAGGUCGUCAAGAACACCCAGCACCCCAGAAGCUACUAUCGUUGCACACAAGACAAUUGCCGCGUGAAGAAGAGGGUGGAACGGUUGGCCGAGGAUCCGAGGAUGGUUAUAACCACAUACGAAGGCAGACACGUACACUCUCCCUCCAAUGAUCUCGAAGACUCACAAGCUCCUUCUCAGCUUACUAACUUCUUGUGGUAGCUUCGUGCGUGUUUCUCAAAUUUUCUGCGUUCCAAAAAAGGGGAGAGUGAAAAUUGGCAAUGUAUCUUCUUCUGGCAGUCAUACGCCGGUGUCUCUGAUUCAUUUUCAGUUUUCACUCUUUUUCCAUUCCCAAGUGUAAGGUGUUGUGCUUCUGUAAUUUCCUGGUUUAACUACAUAUAUAUGCAUGUAUUUCCUCUAGUGUUUCUGUUGUCUUUUGUCCCCAUAUUAGAAACCAAUAAUACACCCACCUACAUUGCAGCUAGUAACUUCUGUAAGCUGUCCCAGCUGCCCUCUUCUUAUU